AUGGUUCUGCAGGAGAAAGUUGAGGCGGUUGUUAUGCUGUGUGACACCAUCGAGCUCAAUCGUCCCAAGUGUCAUCAGUACUGGCCGAAGGAUAAUGCGCCGGAAUCUGCGAUCACAAGUCGGGACGACAACAUAAGAGUCCGUUUCGUGGAUACCGAGGCACUGGACGACAACCAUCUUAUUCGGACGCGCCUUCAAAUAACCAGCGACAAUCCGAAGCGGCAGGCGAAUGUUCGACACUUCCAUUGGAGACGUUGGCCCGAUCGUGGAGUGCCGAUGAAUCACCUUGCUGCGCUCCGACUGCUCUUCUACAUCGGGAAAUACAAGCCGAUAGUAGUCCACUGCUCGGCAGGUGAACAACUACAUAAACUUAAUUUUUAA